UUCAAAGUCCAAACUCUAUAUCUCUUCUUUCUCACUUACAAACUUCAAACCCAUUUUACAUCAUUCAUAAAAAAACCAAGUAACCAAAAUUCUUAUUAUCAAACAUGUUUAGUUCCAAAUCUGAGCAACCUCAAAAGACAAUCCUCCAAAUCAAGCAAGAUGACAAGUUUUUUUGCAGGCUUCUUACAAAAGAAAGUUCCAUAACAAAUCCAUCUUUUAGAGUAGCUAUUACAGUUCCUUUUGUUUGGGAAUCUCAACCUGGCACACCCAAAUACACUUUCUCAAAACAAACUCUUCCUCCUCUUACUCCUCCACCUUCUUAUUAUCUCAAAAACACUUCAUGCAAAAAACCAUUGAAAAACAAAAACUCAAGAUCCAAUCUUUUUCUUGCACUUUUCCCAAAACUAAAUCUCAAGAAAAAUAUUAUGUCAUCAACAUCAUCUUCACUUUCUUCUUCUCCUUAUAAUUAUUCCUCUGCUUCAUGUUCUUCCUCUGACUCAUCAUCAUCAUCAUUAAACAAGAUUGAAAGAAGGAGGCGUUUCUUAAGUUAUAGUUCAUCUAUUGAUUUUAGAAAAGAUGAAGAAAUAGAAGAAGAUGCUAAUUCACCUACUUCAACACUAUGUUUUGGUCUUCCUCGUUCAACAACCACUAUGAUUAAUAGUGGAUUCCUAGGAUUCUCCAAAAGGUAAACUAAAUAUUGGAAUCACAGUAAAUUUAACCAAAUUACAGUAACACCAUGAUAAUAUUAAAGUUCUAAAAUGUAAUUUUUGUCAAAAUCGGAUAUGAGAUUUUACAAAUUUGUUGUCAAACCAAAUAUGCACUUUAUUAGAGUUUAUAUGUAAUUAAUCUCUUUGUUUUGCUCUUUAUGUUUUAAGGUCAACUAAGUUUUCUAGGAUAAAGUUGGUCUUUGAGUUUUUUUUUUUGGGUCAAAUAAUGGGUUUGGUUAAUUCUAAGGUGUAUCUUAAAGUCUUAAACAUAUUAUGAUGUUUAAAUUAGUUAGCCAUCAUAUAUAUAGUUUAUUGAUCUUUGCAUUUUGUGCAAAGCUGAGUUGGGUCUAUUGAAUCCAUAGACCUUAAUUUCAAGCAAGAUCUUGUUGUAUCUUAUUUCUUUUUGUUUAUUUUAUUUUACGAGUUUUGGUGUUGUGGCGAUAGUCAAAUUACCCAUAGAAUCAUAAUAGUGGAAAUUAAGAACAUAUAAUUAGUUGUGAAAAUUAUUACUACAGAAAAGAGUAAUAUUUGUUCAUUAGUAAUUGUAAAUGAAUUUUUACCUUUUCUUAUUCUAUCA